CUGGAGUACAGUGAAUGUCUUGUGAAUGAGCGUCUUAAGUAUUCUGUCUGCGUUUCUAAAAAAUGUUAAUUUUCGUCCUACUUAUUAAAAAGGACUCACAGACGACUAGACUAAAUUGCUUUUAGACCUGUUAUUGUGAUGCCAAUAGAGAGAAAAAGGUCUUCUCGCAGAAGUAGAAGAGAAGGACAUCAUCCUACGAAGAAACGUCCGCCGGUCAACAAAUGCAAGACGUGCUGUCGCAAGUUCACGGCCUUCAUGUUCUCGCAUGUCGGUUUAUGUGGUCUAGUGGUCGGCUACAGCAUCAUGGGCGCUUUUGCGUUCCGGGCACUGGAGGCUCCCUACGAAAAAGAAAAGGCGGGAGAAGUGAACGAAAUGAGGGAAAAGAUGGUGAAACGACUAUGGGAUAUCACGUCCAAUUACAACAUACUCUACCGGGAAAACUGGACCCGAUCGGUAACCUCCGAAAUCAGGGAAUUCCAGUCGGCUCUAAUAACGGCAGUCAGGGAUGGCUACGACGGUAAGAAUGCGGAGGCUGGUCAGCAGUGGUCAUUCUCAGGAGCAUUUCUCUACUCGCUCACUGUCAUUACUACCAUCGGCUAUGGGAACAUUGCACCAAAGACAAACUGGGGAAAGAUGGUGACCAUUCUGUAUGCUAUCGUCGGAAUCCCUCUAAUGUUCCUGUACUUGACCAACAUUGGAGAUCUUUUAGCUAAAUCUUUUAAGUACGUCUACCGUAGAUUGUGCAGAUGUAAGCCAGAGGACGGUCGUCGCCGCCAUCGCCAUCCCGAGCAUUACCGUGUUCAUCACAUCGUACUACAAGAAAACACCCCUAUAUCUCACGGCUCUCUCGAGGCUUCUCUGCCCAGUAAAUUCGGGACACCGCAGCCUAUCGCCGAGGAAGUUAAACUGGAAGCCAUUCCAGAUGAUUUAUCAGAAGAAGGGGGUUAUGGGAAACCGAGAGCCAAUGUACCUAUAGCUCUGUGUCUUGCCAUAAUUACUGGAUACAUAUGUGGAGGAGCUUUUCUGUUUUCUCUCUGGGAAGGCUGGAACUACCUAGAUGGUGCUUAUUUCUGUUUUGUUACUCUCAGUACUAUUGGGUUUGGCGAUCUAGUACCCGGUGACACGGUUGUUUCGGACACUGCGGGGUCACAAGAGAAAUUGGUCAUCUGUUCGCUCUAUCUGCUUGGAGGCAUGGCUCUGAUCGCCAUGUGUUUCAAUCUCGUCCAGGAAGAGGUCAUAUAUAAAAUGAGAAAACUUGGAAAGAGGCUAGGUAUUGUAAAUGAUUCCAACGAUUCUGAUGAUUGAGAAUUAGAGUGACUAAUGGUCAGCUGAUUUAAACUGCCCACCAUGUUCCAAAAUCUGGGCCACUACCUAGAUAGGGAGAGGGCUAGUUUAGCCACCAGUUAAAAACUAAACUAAAUAAAGACUUAGCUUCUUAUCAUAAAAUAACUUGAUCACUUUCCAUGGUAUCCAGGCUACCACGGGAGUUUGUAGGUGGUACUCAAUGUGACUGUAGGAAAUAAUAGAGAUUUAUAAAAUGUGUGAGACGAACUCAGUUCAUUCGGACGUUUAGUACUUCCUAUCAUUUAUAUCUUUAAGGUGUUUGAAUAAUUCACAGAUUCAAAGUCAUUCACAAAAGAAUAUGGUCAGUGAUCAAAUGGUUCAGUACAAUCCUAAUUGCUAGCACAGGUGUUAUAUGCCUCUAUGAAAUUCAAUUAGAAUUUCUUUACAGACUAGGGUUAUUCUAAGAGUAUCUUGUGAGAUUAAUAUCCUCCUCUAAAGCAACCAAAAACUACAAGACUUAUAUAG